AUGGAUGAGAAUUUGAUCGAAGUGCGGAGAGUGCAGUCUUGUAGCUUGGGCAAUCUGCAGCAUAAGCUGGGUGAUGGGGAUUGUGUGAAGUACCAAAGUAAAAUUUCANUUUAUAUGAUUUAUUUGCUCAUUGGCGGAGCUAUUAUAUUUGCCUUAGAUCCUUUUGAAGCAAUGAAAACAACAGUUUCAAUAUUUGGUAAUUCAUCUCAUCAUUUCCCAGGUUACACUGGUUAUACACCAUUUAGUAUAACGAGUCAAAUGUUCUGCUCAGUGUAUGUUUUAUUCGGAAUACCAUUAGCGAUGUUGUUCAACAAAGUCCUUGGACAGUAUUACGCUGAAUCUCAGAAUGAGAUGGUGUACCUUUUGAGAGACAAAGUACCGUACAGCAAGUACUUUUCAAACUGCAUAUUUUUUGCCUCCUGGAGCUUUCUUUACUAUUUUGUUCCAACAUUCGUUUUCUUAUACACGGAGGAUUGGAACUUUUUCAAUGGUCUAUAUUUCUCAACAACAGUUGCUGCUGCCUGCGGAAUGGGAGACUUCUUUGUCGGUCAAAAUUUGAAAAGGAAUACGUACUUUGUUGUCUACAGAUUGCUUCUGCUGUCUUGGUUGCUGCACGCAAUCGCGUUCUUUAUCUACACAGCUGAACUCCUAUCUAAAGUUUUCAGUCGGUACCUUCUCUUUGAACUAGUAGUAGAUAUGAAAGAGAAUGUAUUCGAAUUUCAUCGAGUGUUUGUACAUCCUGAGUGCUUAGACAUUCACUUUAGACUUCUGAGAGCUGAAAUGGGUGUCAAGAAAGAGAUUGAUAUUUGGAGAGCUGAUAAAGCUUUAAGCUCGGAAGCGGAUUAUUUAAAAAUGCAACUCAACAGUUUAGUGCUAGCAGCUGAUGACUUAGAUAUUGUUACCGUAAAUGAGAUGAGGAAAAAAGAAAGCAUUUUAGCAAGUUUUGACCAAGAACAUAAUAAAAGUAUAGAGAAGAAGUAUCCAGACACGUCUUGGAGUCAUGAUUAUGGCAAAAAAGUUUCAUUCUCCCUGAGUUUAAUAACUACUAUAGGUUAUGGUCGUAUUAUUCCAAGAACUUCCUGGGCAAAGAUAUUCUGUAUUGUUUACAUUCUUCUGGGAGUGCCUUUGAACUUGUGUUUGGUCCUAAUGCUUAGCUUGAAAUUGAAAGAUGCUCUUGUGUUUCUUCUAGAAUACACCGACAGAAUCUACGAGAAUGUAUUUCCGAAUAUAAUGUUAGGAACUGAAGUAAUCCACUUCCUCAUCAGCAGUUCUUUCUUCAUCUUCCUUGCAGCUCUACUCAUCUUUGUUCCAGCGUAUUUAUUUGGAUACAUCGAAGGAUGGACAUACGGCGAGGCGAUAUACUUCUGUUUUAUCUCAUUGUCCACCAUCGGUCUCGGUGAUUAUGUAGCUGGUAUCAAUUUUAUUUACUUUGUUAAAUACACGAUAUGGGUUUUCCCCUCCUUUGUUAAAAGUUCGAACAACUUAUAACUACAGAGUUUUAAAUAUCGGCUUAAGAUUGAACUAUUAUAGAAGCAUUUUACCCUCUCAGCGGCAUCAUAAUUCAAAUUUAAAUCAAUCAAAUGGCAAUUAAAUCAAUCUAAUGGAAUCAUUCAAAUUUAAAUCAAAUGAAAAAGACAGAAAUCGCAAGUUGGUGUAUCAUUAAACUAAGAGCCUGUCGACUUUACUAAGGUGGUAAUCAAUUUGAAACUUUGGUUUAAGUUUGCACCAGACUUUGCAACUUACAACCUUACUAAGAUUGCACCAAAUUUCAAACUUCAGUUCACCCUUGCAACUUACGAUCUUAGUCAGUUGGCAGCUUAUGUAAAAUUGUGGCUCAAUUCUGUAACUUAAGACUUUAAUGAGAUGGCAUAAAAUUUGAAAUUAUUAACCAAUUUUGUUGUAUCCAAUCUUAC